AUGUCUCCUCUUUCUCGCUCUUCACAGCCUCCGGCGAAUCGCGCAGCAUCUGUAAAGCCCGAAUCUGCACAAAGCCAAGCCUCCGAUGAUGAGGAUUCUGUCUUGCAAGCUCUAGCGACCGAGUCUCCUGCUGGUGACACCCCGGCGUCUGGAGCUCAAGGGAACCGCGCUGGGAGUGCCAGCGAGUCCUCGUCUAUUCCUCUCCAGAAGCGCCGGAGGGUCACGCGCGCAUGCGAUGAAUGUCGUAGGAAAAAGAUCAAAUGCGAUGGCAAGCAACCGUGUACUCAUUGCCAGGUGUAUAGCUAUGAUUGUACCUACGAUAAGCCUUCUAAUAGGCGUAGAAAUCCAGCGCCGCAAUAUAUAGAGGCGCUGGAAAAUAAACUAUCCAGAGCAGAAACGUUGUUGCGCAAAUUCAUGCCGGAUGUCGACCUUAACGACCCAAGUCUGGAUCCUGCUGUUCAACAAGAAUUCCGUAUCCGUGAGCAGGCUAGAAUCCGGGCUGCUGCAACCAAGGGAAAGCAGUCUGGUUCGUCAUCCUCCGUGGAUGCCCAGCUGCAUUCUAUGAUCGAAACUGUUGGCCAACUCGACCUCGACGAAAGGGGCGACUAUGAUUUCCACGGAACCUCCUCCGGAUCGGUCUUCUUUAAGAGAAUGAAGGACCAUUUCCGUGGUCUUCUGGGCAGAGACUAUCAAAUACCAUUCCUUCCCCGUCCACCCCGACCUACCGGCAUUGUUACUCUCGAUUCUCCCACGCCGAGGUCUUCGUCCAGCUCGCGGACGCCUCAGAAUCACGGCGCGAAUAGAUAUGAUUUACCUUCAAAAGAAAGGGCACUCGCGCUGUGCUCUGAAUCACUCCAUAAUGCGACAUGUCUCUUGCGAAUCGUCCACAUCCCUUCUUUCUAUGCAAUGUUGGACGAGCUCUAUGAAAAACGGGCAGGUGCAUUUGGAAAGGAAGACAAAAGGAGUUUAGCACUCGCAUAUUCUGUCAUGGCACUCGGCUGCAUGUACAAUAUGCCCGACGAUAACGGCUCGGACACCCCGCCUUACAAAGUUGCGGUCGACGAAGCGAUCAAGUAUUAUAGCACGGCAAGGAUGCUACUGCAGGAUAUUACUGAGUGUCGAGAUCUGACGUCGCUUCAAGCGUUGCUCUUUAUGAUACUAUUUAUCCAAUCGAUAUCAAAUCUAAGCACCUGUUAUGGCUUUGUCGGGAUUGCCUUACGAUCCGCUCUGAGGAUGGGCUUACAUCGACACCUACCACACAUCAAGAUAAAUCCCAUAGAAGCCGAAACGAGACGAAGAGUAUUCUACAUAUGUCGACAAAUGGACACUUACGUGUCAGCACUGCUAGGUUUUCCGUUACUCCUCAAUGACGAGGAUAUCGAUCAACCUUUACCGACUCCCGUGGACGACGAAUAUAUCACGAAGGACGAAAUACUCGUCCCACCUCCGGGGACGCCCUCCUUCUUCGAAGCUUUCAACGCUCAUGUGAGGUUAAUGGAUAUUCUGAGUAAAGUUGUAAAGAAUAUUUAUCCAUUGAAGAGCAUUGAUCAGAACGAGGCUGAAGGUGUUGGAGAACCCUAUGCAUCCUACAUGAUCAGUUACGGGAAAAUCAAAGAAAUGGAGAAAGAACUUCAAGGGUGGAACGAGGACUUGCCAUAUACUUGGCGGCCGGAUCCUGAAGGUCCUGUCGAAGUUGUCCGAGUGCGAAAUCUCCUGAGGUUUACUUACGCCCAUGUGCAGAUGGUGUUAUACAGGCCAUUUUUGCAUUACGUUUCCCCGCGUAUCUCUGCUGGUAAGGAAGUGAAUGAGCGUGCGUACGCCUGUGGAGCUGCUGGUAUCAGCGUCGCCCGGAAUAUCGUGCACAUUGGAACAGAAAUGCGGAAGCAAGUUCCUCUUGUCGGGCCUUAUUGGUUUACCCUUUUCACCGAAUUCUUCGCCAUCAUAACCUUGGUCUUCUUCGUGUUGGAGAACCAGGAUAAGUCUGGAUCUAUGGAGAUACUUGCGGAUGCUGUCGCGGGCAAAGAGAUGAUUAGUGAACUUUCCGGGAAGAGUAUGGUUGCGGACCGCAUAUCAAGCUCUUUAGUGAUGCUUUUUGACCAAUUACCGGAUAACCUCAAGCAAGUGAAAGCACGGACCGUACCGUCUCGAAAACGGCCCGCGUCAGGGGCGUCGAAGGAUAGUAUCAACACCCUACUGGCACAUCCUUCGAUAUAUUCCACUGAGUCAAUAAACCCUCAAUCCGAUGCAACUAGUCGAUCUCGGGGUAUUUCGUCGAAAAAGGCCGGGAAGGCUCCUGCUAGGCCCAUCCACCAAGAUAUCUCAAUCAACGACUCUCCUUUGCCGCAGCCAGAGCUCGGCGGCCCAUUUUCUUCCGGUUUCCAGUUUUCGCCGUUAGAUUUAACAAUACCGUCCCCCGGUUCCGUGACUGCCGCAGCCUUACAUGAGCCUAGUCCGAUGGAUUUGCAGCACCAGGAAUUCAGCGCCGGUAAUCCGAUCCACGAGUUGGAUGCGGUGAUGUUCCCCUCGGAUGAUCCCUUGGCGUAUCCCAACCAGCCUCAGGUCGACUUUGGUACUCACCAAAGUAACGUUGCCGAUAAUAGCCCGGGGGACCUGUCACACCACGACCCUUCUCAGUUUUACAUACCUAAUUUUUAUGAAGGUAUCGAGGGGCAACUUAUGGGACCACUACCUCCAUAUUUAAUGCAAUCGCAGGCUCAGCCAGGAUUCAACUUCCCAGCCCAGAUGUACUCGGACCCGAUGCUCCUGCAGAUGCACGCUAUUGAGCACAGGCCCUCGCAGCCGCAAUCUCAUCUACAGUCGGGCCAGUCACGCUCGGUGCGGCGACGGGGCCAACAAUCGGGGGAUAUGGAUGGGCUACUGGCCAAUACGUCGUGGCAUGGAUCGUUUUCCCAACAUGGAAUGGACUAG